AUGAGUGGUGCCAAAAUCCCAAUAAACCUAAUUCGUGGGUCUGACAAUGAACGGUGUGGUGGGAUAGCCAUGGUUUUCAACAUCGACCACAUACGGGAACUGCGAAACUUGGGAUUUGCAGGGAUUCUCGCUGGCACGCUGCCUUCGGCAGCGCAACAGAAUGCGUUUCUCAGUGUUCCACUGAGACUGAUGGCCGAGGAAGCUCUGUGGUUAGUGGAAAAUGGACGCGCUUUUUUCAUUGCGGGAUCUGAGGUGGUAAUUGCUGCCAUACAGACCCUUUCCCUCCAGGAAAUGAAGCUGGCAGAAAGAAAGCUCGAUAAUUUUUUUGCAGAACAAAGAGCAUUCAAGCAAGUGCGGCAUCAGGAAAAAUUACAACAACUUGGUCUCUCUUCUGAGAUGAGUAGAACUUCAGAAUCUCUUUUGGAAUCCUCGCUAUUUGUGGAGACUCCGAAUUCAUCGGAUUUGAUCGCGCGCCGAGUCAAAGCCAAUCAGUUCGACUGUCCUGAAAUACAACGAGCCCUUUGCGGUCAACUUCGACGGAAUUGUAAAAAUCCGGGGGACUAUUAUGUUUACAAAGCCCUUAAAUGUGACGGUUAUUACCUUUCGCCAGGUGCAAGAUUCGGAGGGAGAUUUAUAGCGUAUCCAGGUGAUCCGUUGAGAUAUCAUUCACAUAUGACGGUUCAACCUGCGUUGAAUUACCAAAAUGACCCAUUGGACCUUUUACAAGUAGUUAGUGGUGGUAGGCUUGGAACGGGUGUCAAGAAGCUAUGGGUUGUGGCUGGCGUGAGAGCGCAAGUUGAAGCGGCAACUGAAGAAGCUGUUUCUUUUUUUUCCAUCGAAUGGGCAGGAUUUGGUUAG